GGGGCCUUACUCUCCAAGGUCCGGAGUUAAACCCUGUCCCUCUUUUUAACUCUCUGUUUUUACCUCCAAUUCCAGCUCCUCUCUGUUUCACUCUCUUCUCCCCAUUGAGAGAGAGAUAGUAGAGACCAUGAGGGUUCGCCAAACCCCUUAAAAUGCGCACUCCACUGACCACUCUCUCUCUAACACAGCUCAAUACCCUUCUCUUUAGAUCCUAAUCUUCGAACAACAGUUUCUUUCUGAGAAUCCGUCAGAGAUUGUUCAAGCAAUAUCAGAUUUUGAGGAAUUAAUGACGAAAAAAGUUAAGAAGAAAGCCCGAAGUGGUCAUACAGAGAAGCGAGUUUCUAUCCUUUCUCAGAAAACUGAAACUUUCGCCCAGCAAAGCAUUCCAAGCAUUGAUGAUGGACUUUCAGUCAUAAAAGAGAGGAAAGUGUGUUCCCAUCUUGAUAAGGGUAUUGAUUUAGCUAAAUUUUCUUCAAGAAUAAGGUCUAUAGAACAUAUUAGGUGUGAAGAUUGCAGAGAAGGUGUGGUUGAUAGGCGGGCAUGUAAGGGAAGGGGCAAGCAGGUGAAGAAGAAAGGGGGAGGUUCUGUGGACAAGAAACCCGAGUCUAAAGCAAUUUGGGUUUGUUUGGAAUGUGGUCAUCUUUCAUGCGGGGGGAUUGGAUUCCCAACAACCCCUCAAACCCAUGCAGUUCGGCAUGCCAGGCAAACCCGUCAUCCAUUGGCUAUCCAAUUUGAAAACCUUCAACUACGCUGGUGCUUCCCUUGCAAUACACUUAUUCCGGUUGAAAAAUUGAAGGAAAGUGGUGAACAGAAAGAUCCGCUGUCAGAUAUUGUGAAACUAAUAAAGGGGCGAUCAUUUCAAGGGGCCUCAGUGGAUGUUGAGAAUGUUUAUUUUGGGAGUGGCAGUGUUAUAAGUGAGGUAAAAUCAGAAAACACCGCAAGUAGUUUGGAUGGAAAAAGUGGUUAUGUGGUUAGAGGCUUGGUUAAUCUGGGUAAUACUUGCUUCUUUAAUUCAAUCAUGCAGAAUCUCUUAGCAAUGGAGAGAUUACGGAAUCACUUUUUGGAAUUGGAUGAGUCUGUAGGUCCUCUUACCGUUUCUUUAAAGAAGCUCUUUAUCGAAACUAGUCCAGAGGCUGGCUUGAGAAAUGUGAUAAAUCCAAAAUCCCUUUUCGGGUUUGUUUGUGCCAAGGCUUCCCAAUUUAGGGGGUAUCAACAGCAUGACAGUCAUGAGUUGCUUCAUUGUUUACUCGAUGGGUUGUGUACUGAAGAGUUGAGUGCAAGAAAACAGACUACUUCUGUGGAAAAUGGGAUUUCCUCAAAUCUGGGUCCUACUUUUGUUGAUGGCAUCUUUGGGGGCCAACUAUCCAGUACUGUUUCUUGUUUGGAAUGUGGGCACUCGUCAACAGUGUUUGAGCCAUUUCUAGAUCUCUCACUUCCAGUUCCAACUAAGAAACCCCCAUCUAAAAGGGCCCAACCUAUUUCUCGAGCCAAGAAGCCAAAACUGCCUCCAAAACGAAGUGGAAGGAUUCGUCCAAAGCUCAAUAGGGAUGCAGAUUCUGUAGCAUCUGAAAGUGUUUCAGUUCCAUCAGCCGGUGGUUCAUCUUCUUGCCAAGUGGAAUCUACUGUGCCUGUCAAAGAAAAAGUGGGAGAUGCUUUGGUCGAUUCUACAGUGUUUGAAUCCGUUGGCCCUAGUACAGUGGCAGAUAAAAAGAGUUCAGUUUCAUCAAAUCUCUCGACUGCUGAAGAGUUUGAAAAGAAUACAUUCAUCAAGAAUGUCAUGGAUAAAACAGAGGCUUCAGUUGACAAUUUAGAAUGGUUGGAUUACCUGGAACCAAAUCCUGUGUCAAAUGACGAUGAUAUGGAUUCAAAACCUAAUAAUAUGGCAGUAAUUUAUGAUUUAGGAAAAAAAUAUGGUGUUCAAAACGAUGCCUUGUUACAGGAUGGCAUAGAAUCUAGCAGGCAGAUCCAUUCUCUUUGUAUAGUAGAAACAGCAGGUUCAUUGAACAAUUUGACAUGGUUGGAUUACCUUGAACCCGAUACAUUAUCAGAUGAUCCUGUUUUGGCUUCCAAAGUUAACGAUGCAUUAGUAGUCCAAGAUUCUGGAGGCAAGGAUGGUUUAGGGAAUUCUUUUGAAAAUGACCUCCCAUUACAAGUCCAAGAUUCUGAAGUUCUGUUGCUUCCUUAUAAAGAAGAAACUUCAACUAGUGGUGAGGUAUUGAGAGAAGGUGAGGUUUCGUCGUCAGCUGUUGGCUGUGAACCAGAUGCAUUGGACUUUGAUGGCUUUGGAGACUUAUUUAAUGAGCCAGAAAUUGCUGCAGGGCCCGAUGUAAAACCCUUGUCAAGUGAGAGUAAUUUUCCGGCAAACGAAAUUGCAGAAACUGGUUUCUUAGUUGGAAAUAGCAGUGAGUCUGAUCCAGAUGAAGUCGAUAAUAGUGAUUCUCCAGUGUCCGUAGAGAGCUGCUUGGCGUAUUUCACGAAACCAGAGCUUCUCUCCAAUGAACAUGCUUGGCAUUGUGAAAACUGUUCAAAAGUUCUUCGUGAGCAAAGGAUGAAAUCAAGGAAAAAGCGGCAGAAAGCUACAUCCAAGAUUCAGGUAAGUGGGGUUGAGGAUAGUAUUCAAAGGGCUCCAUCAAGUGCAACAAAGGAUUGCCUUUGCUCUAAUGAGGUCAAAAACCUUACUAUCGGAGAUAACAGAAAAGAUGUAGUUGGUACUUUUGAUGAAAGCUUUGUGUCCGAUAAUGGGAAAACUGAAGAUAACCAGAAUUACAAAGAUGAGACCAAUCAGAAAAAAGAGCUGAUCCUAGCAAUUUCCCAGUCAAAAGAUGGAAAUGGUGAGAUGAACAAUUCACUUGCAGAGCUAUCACAGUCUUCAAGUUGUUAUAGAACUUGUAGUCAAGCAAGUGUCAGUGGUGAAGCCAGUGAUUCUUGCAGUGUUAAGGAGCCUACUUGUGGUGGAUGUGACACCGAUGAGUUACAGCAAAGGAAAUCACAGUUGUUACCUGGAGUAUCUGAUUCUGAAGGAAGUGACAGUCAGGAGAUCCAUUCUGAGAGCAUGAUGGUGAAGAGGGAUGCAAGUAAAAGGAUACUCAUUAAUAAGGCACCACCUAUUUUGACCAUUCAUCUGAAGAGGUUCAGCCAAGAUGCUCGUGGUCGCUUAAGUAAAUUGAAUGGCCAUGUGGGUUUCAGUGAUACAAUUGAUCUAAGGCCAUACAUGGAUCCUAGGUGCACAGAGAUGGAUGAGUACAAAUUUUGUUUGGUUGGUGUGGUGGAGCAUCUAGGUACCAUGAGGGGAGGCCACUAUGUUGCAUAUGUCCGAGGUGUAAAAGGAAAUGGGAAGGCUGAGAAAGAAAACGGUGAUUUUGUGUGGUAUCAUGCUAGUGAUGCUAACGUGCGUGAGGCAUCUUUGGAAGAAGUUCUUCGCUGUGAAGCCUACAUCCUAUUUUAUGAAAAAAUUUGAGCAAAUUAUUACUUUCCAUUCAUUUUGACCUUUCUAAUUGAUUGAUUUUGGGGAUUAAGUUGAGCACCCUACACAAGAGGGGGAGACAGAGAGAGUGAGUGUACAACAAUUACAGAAAAAUUUGUUACUUUUUUUUUUUUUGAAAUCUUUUCUUUUUUCUUUUCUUUUGAUGUGCAAAAAGUUCUAAGAUGUACAUCUUCAAAUCAUUAAAUGAGAAAAUGGGUUUUGUUCUCUGCAACUGCUUAGUUGCCGAUAAUAUCUUUAGACGAAGAACAUGUGUCAUUAUUAUGUUUCACCACAGCUAAUGCACUUGCACACUACUAGUUGCGAAUAUGAGUUCGCUGGAGGUCCAGGUUAAUGAUUUGUUCUACAAUGGCAUGACAAUAAUUUCUUUUGGGAGGCUGCGAAUAAAUAAGUUCUGAAGGUACAAAGCUCUCUGCUCAAGUUUAAAUAUUGUUUUGACAUCCACUUAUAUUGUUCUAAUGCAUUGUAAAUGCUCUUUUUGGCAGCGAAGUCUUCAGAUUGAGAACAACCUUGCUCAGAAAAAGGUCACUGCGCUAUAGUGGAUUCAAGACUUCACCUGGUAUGUUUGAGUAGCUUGGCUUAAUAGAUACAUGUGAUUUAUGGGUGGUUAUAAAGUAUUCGGGAUUUGGAAAAAUAGCCAAGAAUAGGGCAAAGUCAAGAUUUAAUGUGGAAGUGUCAUAGCUUAAGUUAGAUGUGGCCUUCUCAUGCAAUCAUUGUUGUAAUGCUUGAAGGUUCCUGGAGCCUGCUUUUUUUAGACAACCACAUGAGAACAAUUUUAUUAGAGAAUGAACAUACCACACAUCCAGCAAUUUUUUUUUUUUUUUGGUGGUGGAGGAGAGGGAGAAGGGAAAGGGAAUCCUGAGUAUCAAUCGAGGGUCUAUUAUUUGGCGGAUUGGUUCUUUUCCACCACAUGAGGUCAUGUAGUUACAUUUGGCAUUCAAUCCUUUUCUUUUGGGCAAAUUACACCAGUAAUUCUUGUAGUUUGCUCCCAGUGUCAUUUUGGUUCUUGCAGUUUCAAUUAACUUGAUUUUGCUCCUAAAUUUUGAAUGUUGCAUCACUUUGGUCCAAUAGACAACAGGAGUUAGAUUUUCUGAUGAAAAGUGACAUGUGCACAACAUGUGACUAAUUUCCAAGGGCGAAAUAGAUAUAUUUCAAUCAUGUCUUCUUCCCCAUCUGUCUUUGCAACACUU